AUGGAGUCGGAUGAGGACAAGAUGGUGGACGCCAACGACGUGGAGUCGGUGGAUGACGAUUUCUACAGCGGGGAGUUGGAGGAUGAUUACUACUACAGCGAGGGUGAUGACGACGAUGGUGGCGGUGGAGGUGGCGGCGGCGAUGAUGAGGAUGGUCCAGGGUACGAUUUCAUGGCGGAGGCUGCUGAUGAUCUCGUUGAGGAUUCGCUCUACUGGCGCCAGCAGCAAAGUUACUCGGUCUUGAAGGAGGAUGACAUAAAGCAACGGCAGGAUGAGGCCGUCGCGAGAGUGUCUACCGUCCUUUCCAUAUCAAAAGUUGAUGCAACGACCCUUCUUCGUCACUACAACUGGAGCAUUAGUAAGGUGCAUGAUGAGUGGUUUGCAGACGAGGAUGGAGUCCGUAAUACUGUUGGGUUGCUGGAUAGGCCAGUGGUUCCCAUUUCUGAUGUUAGAGAACUCACUUGUGGCAUCUGUUUCGAGUUCUUUCCUCUAAGUAGAAUAGUUUCGGCAGCUUGUGGUCACCCUUUCUGCAAUUCGUGCUGGUCAGGCUACAUAAAUGCCAGUGUUAAUGAUGGUCCUGGAUGCUUGGCGCUGAGAUGCCCUGAUCCGUCUUGUCGUGCUGCGGUUGGUUUAGACAUGGUCAAUAUGUUGGCUUCUGAUGAAGAGAAAGAGAAAUAUGCUCGUUACCUUCUUAGAUCAUAUGUUGAAGACAACAGAAAGACCAAAUGGUGCCCUGCACCUGGGUGCGAAUGUGCUGUUGAUUUCGCUGCGGGUGCUGGAAACUUUGAUGUGUCCUGCCUUUGCUCAUAUAGCUUUUGCUGGAGUUGCACGGAAGAAGCUCACCGUCCAGUGGAUUGUGGAACUGUUUCAAAGUGGAUUUUAAAGAACAGUGCGGAAUCUGAAAACAUGAACUGGAUAUUAGCAAAUUCCAAGCCUUGUCCCAAGUGCAAGCGACCCAUUGAAAAGAAUCAAGGGUGCAUGCACAUAACAUGUACUCCUCCUUGCAAAUUUGAGUUUUGCUGGCUAUGCCUUGGGUCUUGGUCAGAGCAUGGGGAGAGGACUGGUGGUUUUUAUGCAUGUAACCGCUAUGAGGCAGCUAAGCAAGAGGGAGCUUAUGACGAGGCUGAGAAGAGGCGAGAAAUGGCUAAGAAUUCUUUGGAGCGAUAUACACAUUAUUAUGAAAGAUGGGCAAGCAAUCAAACGUCGAGACAAAAAGCUCUUGCAGAUUUGCAGCAAAUGCAGAAUGUGCAUCUUGCGAAGCUUAGCGACAUACACUGCACACCUGAGUCUCAGCUCAAGUUCAUAACUGAUGCCUGGCUUCAGAUUGUUGAAUGCAGGCGAGUCUUGAAAUGGACUUACGCAUAUGGGUUCUAUCUACCUGAUCAUGAGCAAGGGAAGAGGCAAUUUUUUGAAUAUCUUCAAGGUGAGGCAGAGUCUGGCCUUGAAAGACUUCAUCAAUGCGCAGAGAAAGAACUGCAGCAGUUCCUCACUCCCGAAGCCGAUAGACCAUCAAAGGAAUUCGAGGAGUUUCGUACUAAGCUAGCAGGACUGACCAGUGUGACGAAAAAUUACUUUGAGAACUUGGUACGAGCAUUGGAGAACGGGCUAGUAGAUGUGGACUCUAAUGGCUCCAGUAGCCGAGCAGUCGGCUCAAAGGAUGUAGGUGGCAGCAAGGGAAGAGCCGGGAGGGGAAAAGCAAAUGCCAGGACGGGGAGAAAUGCAGACGAUUGA